CAGGGAUGGACCUGGCACCGUCGGGGUGCACGGACACCGCGACUCAGAGCCCUCGAGACGCGAUGAGGAAGCAGAGCGCGCGCACGGCGGCGCUCAUCCUGUGCAUCCUGUCCUACCUGCUGGUGGGUGCCGCGGUCUUUGAUGCGCUGGAGUCCGAGGCCGAGCGCAACCGGCAGCGGCUGCUGGCCCGGAAGCGCGGCGAGUUCCGCAGAAAGUACGGCUUCUCUGCCGACGACUACCGGGAGCUGGAGCGCUUGGCGCUGCAGGCUGAGCCGCACCGUGCCGGCCGCCAGUGGUGCUUUGCAGGCUCCUUCUACUUCGCCAUCACUGUCAUCACCACCAUCGGGUAUGGCCAUGCUGCGCCAGGCACGGACUCCGGUAAGGUCUUCUGCAUGUUCUAUGCACUCCUGGGCAUCCCCCUAACGCUGGUCACCUUCCAGAGCCUGGGGGAGCGUCUAAACGCACUGGUGAGGUGUCUGCUGCUGGCGGCCAAGCGCUGCCUGGGUCUGCAGCGGCCGCACGUGUCUGCAGAGAACAUGGUGGUGGCAGGGCUGCUGCUAUGCGCAGCCACUCUGGCCCUGGGCGCUGCUGCCUUUGCUCACUUCGAGGGCUGGACCUUCUUCCACGCCUACUACUACUGUUUCAUUACCCUCACCACUAUCGGCUUCGGAGACUUCGUGGCGCUGCAGAGAGACGAGGCGCUGCAGAGGAAGCCACCCUAUGUGGCCUUCAGCUUCCUCUACAUCCUUCUUGGGCUCACCGUCAUCGGCGCCUUCCUCAACCUGGUGGUCCUGCGCUUCCUGGCUAGCGCUGACGCCCCUGAGCGCUCAGCCCGCCGCGCCAGCGCAUUUCGCAAGGGGGCGCUCGAGAGCCGAAUCAGCCGGGCGGCCUCCACCUGCAUCUCUCUUCGCAUCAGUCAGCUGGAGACCUGGGCACGUGACAACCCAGCCUUCUCGCCUCCCUUGAGUCCAGAGGCCCUGCCCUACUGUCACAGCAGCCCAGACAGACGCCGAACGCGGAGGAAGUCCAUCUGACAAU